AUGAGGCGCGGGGGCCCCGCCGCCAUCGCCGCCUGCCUCGCCGGGGCUCUCGCCGUGCUGGCGGGGCCGGGGUCGGGGCCGGGCAGUGCCACCGGGACCGGCCGGCGGCCCCCCCGCAGCUACGGGCAUCUGGAGGGCGACGUGCGCUGGCGGCGGCUCUUCUCCGCCACCCGCUUCUUCCUGCGCAUCGACGGCGGCGGCGGCGUGGAAGGGACGCGCUGGAGGGAGCGGCCGGGCAGCAUCGUCGAGAUCCGGUCGGUGCGUGUUGGCGUCGUGGCCAUCCGGGCGGUGCACACCGGCUUCUACCUGGCCAUGAACAAGCGGGGGAGGCUCUAUGGGUCGGUAGGGCCCCCAGCUGAGCAUAGCCACCCCUCACCCCCUUCCCUCUCCUGCCAGAAGGAAUUCAGCCCCAACUGCAAGUUCACGGAGCGCAUCGAAGAGAACGGCUACAACACCUACGCGUCGCUGCGCUGGCGGCACCGCGGCCGCCCCAUGUUCCUCUCGCUCAAUAGCAAGGGCAGGCCACAGCGAGGGAGCAAGACACGCCGGCAGCACCUCUCCACACACUUCCUCCCCAUGCUCGUCAGCUGAAC